GACCGCUUCUCUAAAAGAGGCAGGCCGGGCGAAUGGAGCAGUCCGCACAAAGGACCCGGACACUACUUGUGAUGCAACCGUGAGAAGGCGUUGGGACUGCGACUGAGGAGUUCCAAGGUUGAGUUGAACGCGUAUCCAAAUUUCCACAUGCGACGAUCGGGAUAGCGACUCGACUUCAGGCAGCUUACUGCUGCAGCCCCUUCCUUCACAACCUCUGCCUCUACUUCCGGUGGCAGACCAAUUCACCAUGCCGCCAGACCUCAGCCUCUCCUCCGCGCCAUCCUCCACUGUCUCCGCUCCCCCCACCUCCGCCGCCGAAGCCGUCCCGACCUCACACGAACAGCCACAACAACACCAACACCAACAAACCGGGCAAUACCGGAACCACAAGCGCCGCACGACUCAGCCAGAGCUUGUCGACGCGAUCAGCCACCCUGGUGAUGUGCGGAUAAACGUGCAAGGCGCAUUCAUCGUGGACGAGGAAAAUGGGAGCACAACCCCUUCAAGCGAGCCGAGUAGCGAGACGAGCAUGAGUCUGCAGGAGCUGGAAGAUGGAGGGUAUGAGCAUGAUGGGAAGGAUAUACGGCUGCCGAAUCAUACGCAGGGGGUUAGUCAUAUUGCUGUCGAUAUUGGAGGAUCCCUAGCCAAACUCGUCUACUUCACGCGCGAACACUCGUCCUCGGAAAUCGGUGGCCGGCUUAACUUUGUCAAGUUCGAGACGGACAAAAUAGAUACAUGUAUCGAGUUUAUGCGGCACUUGCAGGCGGAGCAUCAGACGCAGAAUGGCUCGAAACCAAAGGAUCUAUGUGUGAUGGCGACAGGUGGUGGUGCGUUCAAGUACUACGACAAGAUACGGGAAGCGUUAAAGGUAGAGGUGCUGCGGGAGGAUGAGAUGGAGUGUUUAAUAAUAGGCCUCGACUUCUUCAUCACCGAAAUCCCCUCCGAAGUCUUCACCUACUCCGAAGCCAACCCCAUGUCCUUCGUCGCCUCGCCCCCCUCCAAAACAAUCUACCCCUACCUCCUCGUCAACAUCGGCUCCGGCGUCUCUAUGAUCAAAGUCUCCGGCCCACGGCAAUACACUCGCAUUGGCGGUACAUCCCUCGGCGGUGGCACACUAUGGGGUCUACUCUCCCUCCUAACCGGCGCCCGCAACUUCGACGACAUGCUCAAGCUAGCCGAAAAGGGCGACAACACGGCCGUCGACAUGCUCGUCGGCGACAUCUACGGCAUGGACUACAACAAAAUCGGCCUCAAGAGCACCGCCAUCGCCAGCUCCUUCGGCAAAGUCUACAAAAUGAAGCGCGCCGCCGAGCGCGAAGCCGAAGACCACGGCGGCCUGGCCAACGGGGAUCACGAACACCCCUCCGCGUCCUCGCCGCUGGACCCCACCUCCGCGGAUCCGAUAAACGUCGGCAAUACCAAGUUCAAGGCCGAGGAUAUCUCGCGCUCGCUGCUGUACGCCGUGUCGAAUAAUAUCGGGCAGAUCGCGUAUCUGCACGCGUCGGCGCAUAACCUGGAGCACAUCUACUUCGGCGGGAGUUUUAUAGGGGGGCAUUACCAGACCAUGAAUACGCUGAGCUAUGCGAUCAAGUUCUGGAGUAAAGGCGAGAAGAAGGCGUAUUUCCUAAGGCACGAGGGGUAUCUAGGCGCCGUGGGUGCGUUUCUGAAGAGACAGCCGAGGAAUUGGGGGAGGCGGGGGAGUAUGGAUGGCGGACCGCUACCGGGGGAGGGGUUUGAGGGGAGGGAUGGGAAUGGGCCUGUGUGGGGGAGGUGAGAGUGGGUGAGAGUUGCUGGGUCCUGUUUCUUCUUCUUUAUACCUAGAGCCGGGAUUGGUGGAGUUUAGGAUUUUUGAGUUAGAUUCUGGAGGAUGGUGGUAGUUUUCGUGUUAAAAGCGCUGGAGAUGUGGGAGGAAUUCCCCGUCCCGUCUAAUUGAACAUCUACUUCUCAAAUCUCCUAUGUAGUGACGUCGUUGUGCGGCAAGAUUUUAUCUCAUAGAACCUCAAAAUAUCAUAAACACAAUGAUACUCUUC